UUUGAGCACCAGCUUUCUCAGGUUUCUCUGUGAUUUUGAACUUAAAAAUAAAAUGUGGUUGGGAGGAGACCUAUUCCACUGGUUUGACUGGGUCGUGGUCGCAGCCACGUUGGGUGCGUCGCUCGCCAUCGGAAUUUACUACGCCCUCAAGGGCAACAAGUCCAACGAGGAUUUACUCGUCGGGGGCAGGAACAUGGCCGUCCUGCCGGUCGCAGCGUCCGUCAUGGCCACGUACAUCUCAGCCAUUACCGUCCUGGGGUAUCCUGCAGAAGUGUAUUCCUUUGGCGGACAAAUUAUCAUACAUAACAUCGUGUCUGCAAUCGGAGUGGCGUGUAGCGCAUUUAUUUUCGUCCCAUACUUUUACAAAAUGAAGCUCACCAGCAUAAAUGAGUAUUUGGAACACCGUUUCGACUCAACUUUGGUCCGAAAAUUGGCCAGCUUCACAUUCAUCUUGCAACAGAUAACCCUCUCGUCGGUUAUCUUAUACGCACCAUCCUUAGCUUUGGAAGCAUUUCUCUCAUUUCCAGUCUGGCUAUCAAUUUUGAGCGUCGGCUUGUGCAGCACUAUUUACACGUCUGUGGGUGGCCUGAAAGCCGUCGUGUUUACAGAUCUGUUCCAAUCUGUCAUGAUGGUGGUGGGAAUGGUGGCCAUCGUGAUAAAGGGAUUUUCCUCCGUUGGCGGCGUUGGGGAAGCCUUCCGACGUGCAAAUAAUGGCGGAAGACUCAACUUUAUUGACACAACUUUUGAUCCAUUUAUGCGGCACAAUAUCUGGAAUUUUCUAUUGGGGUCGACAUUUUAUGCAGUCCUACAACCAGCCGUACAGCAGCUGCAAGUCCAACGUUAUUGCAGCAUGCCUACCCUUGCAAAGGCAAAAAGCGUAAUCCUGUGCAGCGUCCCUUUCAAGUUGCUCACCAUUGGUCUCUGUUUACUAUCUGGGAUUUCAAUUUUUGCCAUGUACGACGGCUGUGAUCCCUUCAAGCUCAACAAGAUUAAGAAAGUUGAUCAGAUCGUGCCCUACUUUGUGGUCGAAGAGAUGGCCUCGAUCCCGGGAAUGUUGGGUCUUUUCACGGCCUGCAUACUUAGCGCGGUUUUGUCCUCGGUCUCAUCCGCGCUCAAUUCUCUGGCUGCCGUCACGUGGGAAGACUUCCUUAAGGGGAGAAAGCUCUUUGCGGAAAUGACACCAACUUCACAAGCAAAUACGACACGAGUCAUUGGAUUUCUCUACGGCGUUUUGAUAAUUAUGUUGGCAUUUCUUGCCCAAAAUCUUGGAGCUCUUUACUCCGCCACGUAUGCAGCGUUUGGUGCAACUGCGGGGGCGAUCUAUGGCGUCUUUAUUGUAGGGAUGGUCUUUCCUAAAGCAAAUGCUAAGGGUGCAACAAUUGGGUUAGUAAUCGGACUGGGAUCCAUGAUGUUGCUUAGUUUAACGGCCUUCGCAAAAAAGAAGACGCUGCCACACUUACCGACCUCAAUUGAUCAGUGUCCCCAAGGAAAUAUUACAAUGAUCAAGUCCAGAACAGAACCAAUAGAAGAAAUGGACAGUAUUUGUUGAGAUUCAUGUAAAAUUAACUCAGUUUCAUAAGUUUGUACGUGACCAGACCCUUCUUACCUUCGGUUUAAUUUUAUCAUUCUUAGUAUCGACUUAUCUAUUUCUGACUAAAUAUUAUUUUAAUCUUUUCCUUUUAAGUUCAAAACUAACCUUUUGUAUGCAUUAAUUAACACAGCGAGUCAAUGUCAAGUAUGUACAUGCCUUAAGGGUCAUUAUUCAAUUUUAUUUAUGUGAUACCUCCCUAAUUAGUGGGAGUUUCUUCCAUUCUCUACAUUUUGGUACAUUUUGUCAAUUUUGUAAUAAUAAUCAUGCAGUGUAACUCAAGUACUCACUUAAAUCAGACAUAAAAUUGUGGUACAGCUAAA